AUGCUGAAAACAUGCCAUAUGGAUCAGAAGGUUUGGCUCUACAAAUGGCCUAAAUCAUUAAGUUUUUAUCAUCAGCACAGACAAUAUAUGAACCUGAUUGAUGUAAGAAAGUGUAGCAAAGAGGCACUCAAGGCUAACCCUUGUAACAUACAUGCACUAUACAGCCUUGGAAAGUGCCAUGUGGAAACCAGAAGCCUUAAAGAAGCUGAGGCAAUCUCAAACAGAUUGAUGCACCUUGGUGGAACAUGCGAAGCACUAGUUAUCAAAGGACACGUAUAUCUGUAUAAAGGACGUCUUGAAGAUAGUUAUGAAAGCUUUCUGAAAGCAUAUCAUCAUGCUGUGCAUAAAGACAAAUUUCUUAUUUAUGGAAUUUCUCUUUUCUAUGAAGAGCUUGGAGAUUAUGCAAAUGCAAGGCCAUGGCUUGUGAUGCUGAGCAGGCUCGGUGUAGAAAAAUACAAGGACUACGAGAUCAUGUUUAGAACAGGGAUUUGCCUGAAGAAGAUGAAUAGGUUAUCUGAUUCAAUUGAUACAUUCCGCGUGAUUGUUUACAAUCCGUUUGAAUGCACAUACGACAUAGGCGCACAGAUACAAAUUGCGCAUCUUUAUGAAAUGCAGUCGAAGGAGGGCCUUGCAAUAGAGGUUCUUGAGAUUAUACGAAAAUCAAAUGUAUAUUCCCCUACAAUAUUGAGGCUUCUUGCAUGGAUAAGCUUCAAAAAAGGUGAUUUUAAAGGAGUGCGAAAAAUCCACAGGGAGUAUGGGCGCAGGGAGAGCGAUCCAUACAUUGUGUACCUAAUGGGAAGGAUUGCGUUUACCAAAGGAUUACAUGAGCGUGCAAUUAGGUAUUACAAUAAAGUAAUUGAUCCAGGCAUGAUGAAUGGAAUGAUGCAAAACUCGUUGGGAUGUGCAUAUUUACAGCAAGGACUGAUUUGUGAGGCAAAGAAGGCGUUUGAAUGUGCAUUGAAAGUCAACAGUGAGUCAGUAGAAGCAAGAAGAAAUCUCGAUCUGAUUUCAAGGCUCCCGAAUAGUGAUGUAAAACCAAUCUUUAACAGCAGUGUAUUGCAUGAAAUGUGCGAACAGCCUCCUUCUAUUGCAAAAACAACAUAUCUGGACUCAAAUGUCUUUCUUAGAGGUAUAGACCAUGGAGUGUGCCAUAGCAUAAUGCCUAAGGUUGCCACAAUGAGAAUAUCAAAAUUUGAGAGGUUUUUAGAUUGA